AAUUAGUGGCGAGAAAAAAUUAUAGCAUCGAAAUAAUAAAAUUGUUUUCUCUUACGAAAUAUAUACAAUAACCGUUAAAAUAUUUAAGAAAAUUGAACGUUAAAGAGUAUCUCAAGAGCAUCAUUCUCACCAUGAAAGUAUUAGGCAUAAGUGUUGUUGCAGUCGUUUUGAUUGCACUGACCAGAGCAAGUGACACCACAAAUGAUAAAGAAAAUAAAAUUAAAGCAACAGUUACUCAAUUGGAAUGUGCAACAAAUGCCAUUCUACCUAUUGAUCAGAAAUAUGAAUUGGAAGAUCUGUGGCAGUCUGUCUAUUUUCCAAUUUUGAUGCACACCAGCCACAUCUAUGGAUGCAAAGACCAAGGCAAUAAAUGCGUCGACUCGGAAAUGCAAUCAGCGGUCGGUGUAUUGAUAAAUAUGUUGAACAAAAUCGGACAGAAUGACCCGGAUGCUGCGCAAGAUAUUCACGACGCUCUUUCAUCGCAAUGUCAAAUCGAGUUGCCUCCUUUACCCGAAUAUGCACCGAUGGUGGGCGCCCCACAAGAUUCGAAUAGGAUGACUAGUUUUUCCUCGUUCGCCACAAAUUUUGAACACAUUCUAUGUGUCGUGAAUGUCUUACAUGAUGAAAUGAAAAAAUAUGAAGGUAUCGCAGAAUUGUCGCAGUAUGUGAUCGAAUCGAAAGAUGUAACGGAGAAGAUUAUGGAAUGCAAAAAAGGCAACAAGGGAUUUAUUCAGAUGAAUGUGUACUGCAGUCAAAUUGAUUUUCAAAUUGUGGGGAGCAUUAAGUCAGCAACCGAAACAAGUAAUUACACAAAUAACGAGUGACAUCGAAACCCAAUGUGUAAAGGGAGUUUUCAGCUCAAUGAUAUUUUAUAUUGUCACCACGGUUCUUAUUUGUUCGAUAAUCGCAUUAGUCAUCUGGAAGAUAAAGCC